AUGUUAUUCAAGAAUCUUUCCCAAGUUUCUGCUGUCUCUACCACUGGUCUUAGCAUUCAAAAUUCAUUGGUUCAAGGAUUAGGUCGCUCAGGUGUUUCACUAGGUGAAUCAACUAUUGCUCGUAGAGGAUGUUGCGGUGGUCGUCGUGGUAAUAAUAUUGAUAUCGAUAUUGACAUUGAUAUUAAUAUUGGUGGUGGUCGUGGUAACUGGUGUUAA